AGUUGAGAGUAGACAGCCGAUCAGUAAUAUCGCGCGGCGGUUCCACUCUGCGCCCCCGAGAAAGACCAAAUGAUCGUUGCGUGAAUUUGGAGGAUCUUGAGUGUGCUUUCUACCAACCCCGCAUUUUUUGGAGGAUUUUAUACUUGAAAAAAAAACCGAUCAUCCCCUAACGAUCGAACUGUGAAACAUCCCUGCUGGAUAUUUUAUCAAUCAUCUUCUGUGUGUGACACCCAGCGCGAUUUUUUGCGGAGAUCUAUGAGAUCGCGAAGCUGCGCUGACGAAGAAAAUAUUUGGUCUUCAUAUUGAAAACUCCAGGCGAGCUAAAAGUGUGAUAAAAGUACUAAAGUGAACAUCAAUUUGGAUAUUUUGCAUCCUUUCUGAGGAGCAAGCAACAAUACAGCAAUUUUACGUAUUCACCAUUGUAAUUUCUGCAGAAUGGCAUUUGAAAGUGCUUAGAACAACCCCCGCCGUGGUUAGAAGUGAUACACGAAAAAGGUGUUAAAUUGAGAACGAAAAGGAAAAGAGGAUUAAAGUGAAGUUCUGUGAUCUCGUGACAAAGGAAAGGAGUUUUACAUGACAGAGUGACGAAUUUGUUCCACAAGUUCGUGAACAGAUACACAAAAAAAAAUCCUUAAAGAUAUUUGUGUGAGUGCAUGAAGGAUCAAAGAAGCAGCUAAAAGUGAUUAUUAAUUUUAUUUCUUGUUAAAAUAUAAAGUGCAUGAAAAAACAUUUAUCGUGGAUGAUGUGCAUUAAUCAUACUGAUGAUUAGGAAAAGAGCAUCAUUAACCACGCAACGGCGCCGAAACGAGGACAACCUUAAUCAUUCUGCACAGCAAGAGAGUCACAAUAAAUUCACCAAACUGGAUUAUAAACGCAAUUAUCCCUACUAUACAGACAGCUAGGAUGCUGAUGUUGCAAUACAGCAAACACGGCGAGUGCAUCCUCCAGGAAAUCGGUGCGGCCUUCCGUGGUGAGCAUCCGGCGGAUCUGUUGCUCAUCUGCGAAGGCCGAGAGACGUUGCGGGCGCACAAGCUUGUGCUUGCGGCGGCGAGCCCCCUCGUGAAACGACUCCUCGAGGAGACACCCACCAUUGAGUCCGUCACCACCGUCCACUUUCCCGACGUGCAGGCCAAGUACUUUCGGCUCCUUAUGGAUUUUUUAUACUCUGGCCAGACAUGCGUGCCCGCCAAUGAGGUUGAACACCUCCACGACCUCCUGGCACUCCUGCAAAUUAAGCCCGGUGUGUGGCGGACGGACGACAAAACAGAGCUAGUCAUUCUCAUUCCAGACGGUGGCGGAGGCGGCACAAAAGGGGGCGACACACACACCGACAUUAACAGCAAUGAGGGCGAUAUUGGGCGUCGACGUCGCUCAAAGAGUCGCGAUUCAACACAUUCACGCAUCCACGUGAAGCGUGAACGAAUAGGUGGGAAUAGUAGUGAUGAGGAAAUUGAGGCAGAGGCCGAUGAGGAACGGGAUGACCUGGAAGCGGAAGAGGAGCUCGAUGAGGAGGUGGAAGCGGAAGCACGGGGUGGAAGUCGAGAUAGGAGUAGUGAAGAGAGGCGUUUGAGUGUGGAUACAGCACGCAAUGAUACGAUCUCGAGGCGAACGGAGGAGUCAGCUGAUGAGGCAGAAGAUGAAGCUGACGAGGAAGGUGAUAAGGAUGAUAAGAAAUUCGAUGUGAUCGGAGGACGACGGAGAAGUUCCUCAGAUCCUGUAAAUCUAUCACUAGGUACCCGCCAGGAUGAUUCAGACGAUGGGGGUCAUGUGGAUGUUGAAACGAUAGCCAAUGCACCCAGUAAGAGCCUCAUUCCCAGCCGCCUUUUGGAUCCUUUCCGGACGAAACGGAAAGUUCUGUAUCACCCGCCCGAAUCAGAAAUUCUCAAACCACCUGAUCAUGAGCAGCUGUUGCACAGUUCACCUGACAACUACGUGGUUACGCCGCAUCGGAAGCGGAGACCAGGUUUUCAGAAUUCACCCGCCCAGAAUCCACCAUUUGUCCCCUACGGACUCAACCGAGCAAACUACAUUGAGGAUUUACGAUCCCGAAAAGGACCCUCAAUGUCCGCGCCACCGUCCUACUUUCCAGGAGAACGCCCACCUCUGUCGCCGACAUCCCAACCCACCGAUCUCUUGCUGCACAACAAUCACCAUCAGCACAACAACAACUCCAGCCGCCGGCGGCCACCGAGUGCUGAUGGCCCACUUGCCGUGGCGCCAUCUUUUGUCUACCCCUGGCCACCGCAUUCGUCGGCUCUGGCGGGUCUUCCGGGGGCGCCGGGUAGUGUUCUACCGGGUGUCCCACCUUCCAACCCGGGUGCCCACAAUAGUGAUCGUGGCAGCCCCAUGGAUGCUGCGGGGGCGGCAGGUGGGACGCGUGCUGGAGCAUCAGGCGGGCUAUCGGCACCCGUGCGUGAGUACCGCUGUGAGUACUGUGGCAAGCAGUUCGGUAUGUCGUGGAACCUCAAGACACACCUACGCGUGCACACGGGCGAGAAACCCUUCGCGUGCCGUCUGUGCGUGGCCAUGUUCAAGCAGAAGGCACACCUGCUGAAGCAUCUCUGCUCCGUGCACAGAAAUGUGAUAAAUACCCCCGAAAGUGGUGGCAGGUACAAUUGCUGCUUCUGCACAAUGUGGUUUGAGACGCUGCAGGAGCUCGUAAGGCAUUUAUCUGGGCACCACAACAAUCUCCUGCUCAGUAUAAACCUCACGCCCGCCACGAGCGGCCGAAACUCAUGAGCCCCAGCUAAAUGUAAAAAAAAAUAUCAGGGGCGCCCCCAUGGCCAGUGCACACCCCGCCCAGACGCUCACUAUUGCAGCAGUAACCGAUCACAGGGUGAGUUCCCCAUUCGUCUUGUUCAAAGCCACAACAUUGUGGCUUAUUAAGCUCACAAUAAAGCUCAAAGUUGCAGUGUUGGGAACUUUAAAAUAAAUUUCGUGGAAAUGAUGAAAAUUAAUAUUUUUUCUAAAUGAUUUUCAUUCUCGAUGUUCUUCUUAUUCAAGAGCUCUCAACUUCCCUUUUAACUUUGUAGUACAUACAUUUUCUUCAUCUUGAGCGUGAAAAAAGAAAGAUUUUUGAAAGCUCAAAAUUUCAUUGAAAUUAAAAUUUUAAUUAGAACUAAUCAGAGGGUGCUUUUAGGCGAUUUUUCACCUAUCUCUGUAAGUUUUCUGUUUACAACAACUCCAUUUUUUUUUCAAGACUACGGAUUUCAUUGAACCUAAAGAGAAAUAAAUUGUCAAGAAAAUUAAACUACUCAUUAAUGUAAAGCAAAAUAAAAGCUUUAAAAAUGAUUUGCAUGGAAUGUUUAAAAGAAAAUUGCAAAAAACGUGAAAUUCUCAUGAGAAAGAAGCUUUUUUAAUUCUCAAAGAAACUUCCUGACUUUUUUUCAUUCCUAUCUUCCUCCCUUCCGCUUCUAUGAAAACCUCUUUUCAAGCUUUCUUUUCCUAUGAAAUCCUCAAUAAAAAAAUAAUUUAAGAAUUUUUCUUCUGUUGUCUUAAUCUGGAGAUUUCUUUCGAGCUUUUUUUAUUUCUUGUACAAUAAUGUCUUUAUUCUUAUUAAAUAUGUUCAAAUGGCUUCAGGAGAAUAUUUCACGUUUUUUUUUUUUAAUUUUCAUUUAUCUUCAUUACUUUGUUGUUCAAGUAUUCAGCUAAAGCUCUUCACUAGAGAAUUAAAUUGGCAAAAAAGUUUUUGCUUUUUCAACGAUAUAAAAGAGAGGAAAAUUGGAAAUAAGAGCGUUUCAGUGGGAAUUUAGCAUGUACCUAAAAAAGAUAUUUUCUAGCUUUUUGGCCCCUUGCUAAAUUAAAGCACAAUGUGUGUUAAAAUCUCUCUGAAGAAUGCACAAAAUUCUCAAUUCAAACAGAAGGGCAAGAAAAAAUUGAUUGCAUUUUUUUGCCUUGAAGAUUUUUAGUGCCAGAGCGGUACACAACAAAUUAAAGAAACAGUAUGACGUAAAUUGAAAAGUUUUCCUUGUUAGUUGAAUUAAGUUAUUGAGACAAUUUUCCGCAGAAGUAAUAAAGCUUUAUUUUAGGUUAUGUUCUUACGCCAGGAAAAAAAUUACGUUCUUUGUUUUUUUACGCAUAAUGAAAUGUUUCUUUUUCUUUCCAUUUACGUCUGCGGUUAUACUUAUUUUUAAUAAAUACAUACAAUGAUUUCUCUGUAUGUAUAACUAUUUUAUUUAGUCCAAUAAAGUGACGAAAAAUAUAAUUUUUUGCCAUUAUUGCGCGUUGUGUUGUGACGUAAAGAACAUAACCUCAAAUUUAAUUUUUCGAAGAGAAUUUUGUAAAUUUUGUCAAAAUAUCCUAAUUAAUAAAUAGAAAUUGACACAGAUAGUUAAACAAGUAGCUUAGAAAAUCAUGAAUUUUUUCAUUUGGAUUUUAACAAAGUAUGCUGACAUAUUCUUAAAAAAACAUAAUGGCCACUUUUUUAGCUGUGAUUCUUUCUUCAAAGAAACACAGCUUCUGUGUACACUCCAAAAUGCAAAGUCGUCAGAUCGGGCUGAAACUUAAGAUGAGCACGAAUUAGGGUUUUUAAUUGUAGCAAAUUUAAUUCUUUCACACUUCUCACUUAAAAUUUUUUUUCGAGCAAUAAUAGUAAAUUCAUUUGGAAAAAAAUAUGAUUCACGUUUGAAUCAGCGUUUGACCUCAUGAACGCGAAAGGAUUAAAAAGCUUUGUUCCAAUUAGUAAUGUGUACCGCCUAAACUAAAAAUAUUAUUUCAUGAAGUUUCAAUGAAUGCGGAAAGUUCUCCAAAAUGAAUUAAUUUUUUUUUAAAUAAAAAACAAGUACCUAUAUAAAAAAAAACAUCAAAAAACAUGCUUUUGGCUUUCCUGGUUUUUCCUUCAGAAGACAAACCUUGGCACAUAAUAUAAUAUCAUCCCAUGCAGUUCUACUUUCCCAAUUAAUUAACCCAUUUUGCUAGAAAAUUAAUUUCAUAAAAUUUAAUUGAUUUCGUUGACGUUCAAUUAAAAAGCGAAAGAGCAAACACCCAACACUGUGCUCUUAUGAGCUACAUUUUGAGCUUGUAAACAUGCGGAAAAGGCGAAAAAGGGGAAAACCAUCGUUGCUUUUCUGGCUACAGCUGCAAUUUGGAGCAUAACUCAAGAGAUUUUUGCAGAAAAAAAAUUUUCCAAUUAAUAAAAAAAAUUUAAAAAUCAUUUAAAAUGAAAUAAAAAAAACUGCAAAAAUUGGCGCGAUAAUAAGAAGUAAUAAAAAAAGGAGAAAGAGAGAGAGAAAUACAACAAAAGGUAGCAACAAAGAAAAAUGUACAAAUAAAAUAUCUCAUCAUUCCAAUAAUACUUUUUUUUUCUAUAAAACUGAAAGAAAAACCAAUAUUUUUUAAAUGUAUAAUUCUUUUUUUUUGUACUACAAUUUAAUGUUAGUAAUUUAAAAGAAGCAAAAAUUGCAAAAAAAAACGGCAAAGAAGGCAACAAAACACACUCACAAUACACCAAAAUGUUUAACAUUUUGGUGUUUGCAGAAAGAUUUUAUCCUCACUGUUUUUUUUUUAAAUUAAUUAAUCCUCAAAAAGCACAAAAAUAACAAUUCUCAACAACAACAAAAUUUAAAGAAUUUAUCCGUCAUGAGGAGAUUUAAAAAAAAAAUAAAAAAAUAAAUGGAAACGAAGAGAUAUUUCGACGGAUUUGAAGCAAAAAUGUGUAUAAUUUUUUUCAUGUAAAUAACGAUGUAAAUAAUUAAAAUAUUGUGUAAAAAAAACUUAAAUUAUAAGUGAAUUAUUUGUAAUAUUUUUUCUCUUUUUUUUAGAUAGAAACUUUUAGUGUAAUUCUACUUAAAAAAAUUUUUCAACACAAAAAAAAAUGACGACAAUCCACAAAUUUAUUUAUUUUAACCAUCUUUACUAAAGUUUUGUUUCUAAAACACGAGACAGAGAAGAAAAAAAAACUCAACAGACCAAUAUUGUUAAACAGAAAGGACCAGAUUUUGAAUGUAUUUUCCUUUUUUUUUUAAA